UGUGUUCUUGUACAUGUAAAAACAUUUUCUAUGCACCGUCGUGUUUUUAACGCGAGGGAAGAUAAGUUAUUUUGGUGAUCGUUUGUUAUUCAAAGGUGAAGCGGAGUGUCCAGAUGACCUGAGGAUGGCAGUAAUACGCCAGAGAAGCACAAGUACUGUUACAAGACGGAGAAGAAGAAGAAGAUGAAGAAGACGUCAUUUGUUUCUUCCACACUGCACUUCUGAGAUUCGCCUGAAGAAAGGUUUGAGGUUUAAGCGUUUAUAUCGAGCGUCUGAACACGGAGGAAAACCUCCUGCUGAAGCAGCUGAGAUCCACGUGACUCACUAAUAAAUAUGGCAUUUAUUAAAGAGGAGAGUGAAGAUGUAAAGAUUGAAGAAGUCUGCGGAGUCACACAUGAAGAAACUGGAACACAAACAGACGUGAUGGUGCUGAAAGAGGAGACUGAAGAACUGGAUGAAAAAACAGCCAGAGAUCAACAUGAAGAAUACUGUGACUUCAAAACUGAAGAACGCUCUUCUAGUUGCUCACAGACUGAAAAUACUUCGUCAAAAAAAAGAGCUCGAAAGAAAGCAACCGGAAGUAGUUUCAUCUGCUUUCACUGUGGAAAGACAUUUGAUCAACUAGACAACCUUAAUAUCCACAUGAGAAUUCACACCGGAGAGAAGCCCUACACCUGCAAACAUUGCGGGAAAAAGUUUUAUCAACAAGGAAACCUUAAAGUCCACGUGAGAAUCCACACCGGAGAGAAGCCCUACACCUGCCAACAGUGUGGAAAAAGUUUCAACAAGAAAGGAAACCUUAAAGUGCACAUGAGAAUUCACACCGGAGAGAACCCUUUCACCUGCCAGCAAUGUGGAGUCAGUUUCAAUCAAAAGGGAAGCCUUAAAGUCCACAUGAGAACUCACACAGGAGAGAGUCCUUUCACAUGCCAGGAGUGUGGGAAAAGUUUCAAUCGAAAAGCAAGCCUCAGAAGCCACACAAGAGUUCACAAUGGAGAGAAGCCGUACCCCUGCCCACAGUGUGGAAAGAGAUUUGCACAAAAACCCACGCUUAAUGUCCACAUGAGAACUCACACUGGAGAGAGGCCAUUUGUGUGUGCCCACUGUGGAAAGAGUUUCCGGUAUCACUUAGGCCUUAAUAACCAUAUGAAGGCUCACUCCGCAGAGAGCCGUUUAAGAUGUCCGUAUUGUGGAGAGAGUUUCACAGACAGGAGACACCUCAAGAAUCAUCUGAUAACUCACACUGGAGAGAAACCUUUCAUGUGCCAUUACUGUGGCAAAACGUUCAAAAACAAAACCUCUCAUGAUAGCCACAUGAGAGUUCACACUGGCGAGAAGCCCUUCAGCUGCCCUCAAUGUGGAAAGAGUUUCACACUUAAAGGAAACUUGAACAUUCACAUUAGGAUUCACACCGGAGAGAAGCCUUUCUCGUGUCUUCAGUGCGAGAAGAGUUUCAUGUAUAAAAGAGACCUGAGGUGCCAUUUGCAAACUCAUUCUGGAAAUGAUGUAUAGCGUUUUUCAGUGUGGGACAAGGUUCGGAAAAAGCAAUUUCAAAAUAAUUUAUGUAUUUACUUAAAUGAUUAAUGGAAACCAUUUAUUUUUGAUCCGUGCAAUAAACAAUAUUUUGCCAUCACACCUGAAAAGUCCUGCACAUUUGAGCGUUAUUUAUUGAACUCCUUUGGAAAGAGUUUUAAAGUCCCCCUGUAGACAAUUAUUGGAUCCUUCAAGACUCAUUUUUGAACAUUUAAAAUGACAUUUAAACCCUUUUUGUUUUCUCCAAAAAUAUUCUCUCCAUGCCUUAAAAUGGCUUGAAUGUAACUCUACACUAGGGAAGGGACACUGUCCUGCAGAGUUUAGCUCAAUACAUCUGCCAGGAAGUGUCUAGUAUUCCUAGUAAAACUUUGAUUAGCUGGUUCAGGUGCGUUUAAUUGAAGUUGGUAAUAAAUUAUGUAGUAUACCAUACAGGAGCAGGAUUGGACACCCCUUAUUUUCGGCCUGGUUUCAUUUAUUAUACGUGGAAACAUGAAUAUGCUAAUAGAGGUAGUUUAAAUAUUUGCUUUAUUCAACAUCAAGACGAUCAAGCUCUUUCUUUGGGAACAUGCUGCACAACUCCUUGUUCAAGCUCUUGUUCUGUCCAGGCUGGACUAUUGCAGUGCUCUCUUGGCAGGUCUUCUAGCCAAUUCUAUCAAACCUUUACAAUUAAUUCAGAACGCGGCAGCAAGAUUAAUUUUUAAUGAGCCAAAAAGAAUACAUGUCACAACUCUGUUUAUUAAUUUGCACUGGCUUCCAAUAGCUGCUCGCAUAAAAUUCAAGGCAUUGAUGUUUGCCUACAAAACUACCACUGGCUCUGCACCCAUUUACCUAAAUUUGUUACUUCAGACUUAUGUGCCCUCUAGAAGCUUGCGUUCUGCAAGUGAACGUCAGUUCCCUCCUGGUGGAAUGACCUCCCCAACUCAAUCCGAGCAGCUGAGUCCUUAGCCAUCUUCAAGAAUCGCUUAAAACACAUCUCUUCCAUCUUUAUUUGACCCUCUAACUUUAACACUCACUAUUCUAAUUCUAUUUUUAAAAACAACCUUUCUAAUAUUUUUUUUUAUUCCAUUUUCUUUAUAUUUAUUAUACAAUUAUAUAUAAAAAAGACCUCUAACACUAGAUUGCUCUAUUCGAUCGGUUUUCUUUUUAUUUAUUAUGUUAUUUAAAAGCCCUUGCUACAUGUUCUGCGUUUAAGCUAACUGAGACUUUUUAUAGCACUUAUAUAUAUAUAUAUAUAUAUAUAUAUAUCAUUGCUCUUUUGUUGUUUUUGAUUGCUUCCAUUGUCCUCAUUUGUAAGUCGAUUUGUGAAUGUGAAUAUUGGUGUAAUUAGACUGUAUAUGUAAACUAAAAACAAAUUAAGCAGGAAUUCAAAGGAAGAGUGAAUACAGGUUUUUCUACAAAUAGAGGUGUCAGAAUGGUGAUGACGGUAAUUCAUGAUUUGCCUUUAGCACCACAUUAUUGGCUGUUUGAUAAUGUAGCCAAGCAAAUUUGAAACAAACCAUGUUCCCAUUUCCCACUUUAGACUCAAACAUCAUGCAUACAAUUCAAGCACUAUAUUGGUAAAUGUACUCAAUUUUAAUUGUCCCUUCUUAAAAGGUGCUUUUUUUGCUUACGGUGUUCAAACACUGUUCAAAGCAUGUAGUUACUGAUUAGGUUCUUCACGUGCCAUGAUUGUUUGUUAUUCUGUGUAUUUGAACUAGGGGUGUCCUGACUAAGAAUUUUUAGUUUGUAUUUAGUUUAGGUUAUUGUUUUGGUGUUCGUUUCAGCUGUUGAAUUCACUUCACUGUUUGCUUUUUCAAAGUGUUUAUCUUUAUUUAAUCACUGGUAUUUCAUAAAUAAAGACCUGCUAUGAGUAGAUCCACUA